UUUCUGACCCGGCGAUGUAGGGAGAAAUUUCACAACCACCACACCAACCCAACAUGCUCCCGAUGCUCCUCCCUAUUGCCCUCCUCGCCCUUGGGGCACCCGCCGCACUGGCCAAGGCAUCCAACCCAGGACGCAUCGAGAUUGAUCUCGUCUUCCCUAAGGGCAAAACCACCUACAAUGAAAUGACCGUACCGCCGGUUGUGUUCGCGUUGCAGAACGCCCCGACCGCCGCCUUCUUCAGGUACACGAUCAACUGGGAAAUCAACGGGGAUCAGCCGUCAUUUUUCGCGUCCGGGAGUUUCGACUCCGACAGCUGGCAAAAGCAGUUCAACUAUACCGCGGGCGACGUGGGGAUUCUCGCCGACUCCACCUACUGGGGGGAGGACAUCAAGGCCGGAGAGUACACGCUCUCGUGGGAGUAUUCGACAACGACGUGCACAGACAGAGGGGACAGCAUACUGAUCAAAACGGGGAACGUGCGGACGGGGAGUGUAAGAUUUAGAAUCGUUGAGGACAGCAGCGGCACCGACGAGCUGUUCUCAGGCUGUCCGCAAUAUCUCGGGGCCAUCACGGCCAAGGAUCCCAGUGAUUCGUGCCCGGAGCUGGUUUCGGGGGAGGACGGAAAGCCGGACCCGUGCCAGGCGAAGGUGAACGAGAAGCAGAUUGCGUGUCUGGAGAGUUAUUUCAAGGGCGAGACGAAUAUGGAUAGCUGUACGGCGGCAUUUGACGACAUCAAGUCGGGGGACAAGGUGGAGUGGAAGUAUGCGAAGGAGGCGCGCAAGGCGGGUCGCCAUGCUGGGGAUGAUGAGCCGAUGGGUUCCAGUGCGGGUGGUAGCUCCUCUUCCAGUUCGACGAGUGACUCUGCGAGUGAAAAUACGAGCGAGAAUACGAAUCAAGGAGACGAUUCGGAUUCAGAUACGAGAAAGAAGUCGAUCGGUGCGGUGAUGCGACCGGGGCUGUCUGUGUUGGGGGCGAUCGUGAUAGCGGGGACUGUACUCUAA